ACUGCAAGUAUGCUAGUUUACAAGUCUCUUUUUGCUCUUGGAACAGUGCUUGCUUUUGCUUCGCAGACAGUAACAAGCUGUCAACCACCGAAUCCCGUUUAUCAACGUGAUUCUCGUUCCAAUGUAAGAUCAAUCGAUGUUCCCUCUGCUGGUCCUCCUGCACCACCGCUUCCAUUGUCCCAAAUCCCUUUCCUGGCGGGGAACGAGAUUAACGAUGAUGCAUCUUCUGAUUUGAGAAUGGGUUCGCUGAGCAAUGAGGUUGAGAGACCUGGAGGGAUAAUUGAUCAAGCACAUUUGGCACCCCAUAAAGGAUACCUAUCGUAUCCUGGUUACAUUCCACCGUCACUGGACUUUCCUACGCUACAGCCAAAUGUCGGCCCAUUAGACCCUUCUCCCCACGUGAACGAUAUCGGUAACUCUGCAGCCAGUUCGCCAGCAUUUGAUCACGGUGGGAAAAAAUAUUUUCUUCCAUUACCUCUUAAGUUCCAGGAGCUUAUUGUAAAAUUAUAG